GCUGCGCGCGCAAAAGCGAACAGAAGAGAGGCACCUCAGCCGAGACGCACAGCUCCUCACAGCGGCUUCGCACUGACACUCACACGGCUCUGAGGCUGUACGGACGAGCGGGGACCCGAAUUAUGGGGCCGUAAGGACUCGAGGGGGUCUCUAUUCAGGAGUGACAACUGCCCGAGACGAAACAGAAGACCACCACACUCGGCGCUGUGAUGGAGAAAAGCGAGGGAGCCUGAGUGAACACACACGGAGGAGAUUUAGGGCGCCGAGCCUGUGACUCUGACGCCUCAGUGAGGGGUUUCGGUGGGUUCAGCUUUUUCAGCUUUUCAGACUCUGUGUUGUGAGAGGAUGAAGCUCCAACAGAUGAAGCUCGGCUGGGAAACAGCGCUGCUGUCCGGAUUUCUACUUCUUCACCUGACCGCUCUGAGCGCCGGCGGUGAUUCACUGGUGUUCAAUACCACUCAGUUCAACUCAUCAAACUCUGCUUCUAAUGGGUUCAGACUUAAGUCUGUGUUUUCUGGUGAAGCCACAUCCAUUUCUCUGGCUCAAGUCCGUACCCAUAAACCACACGCAGUGGAGGAGCUUGGCAGUGGAGGGCCAAGUGAAAACAGCCCAUCCACCAGUGCCACCAUUGCUAUCAAUGCUGACUCAACUGAACAUGAACACCUGAUUGGUGUUGCUAUAGGUGGCUUGGGGGCAGGUCUGCCCACUCUGUCUGGCUCUCGACCUCAUGGCACAGCCCAGCUAGACUUUAAAGAUGAAGACAUCGAUGACAGCGCUCCCCGCUGGCAGAAUAAGAUACUACAACCUGAUGGAAGUACGCUUGAUCUCAACCGACACCAGCCAACCACCUCCGCUCCUUCUGACGAUCCAUCAAACUCUGCCAGUCAGCCAGACAGCAGCCAUGUCAUUAAAGUGGGUUUCUAUGAACCUGUGGAGCAUCACCAAAUUGACACCCCCCCUCCACCUCAGCUGCAGGAGCUUCAGGGCGGAGAUCCCACUUCAUGGACGCUUUCAGAUUUUUACGAUUAUCUGUCCCCUGAUUACUCCACCACUGAGGGCUACCCAGAUGAAGACCAGCCCACACCUGUAGAUAUGGAGGAUGAAAAUGUGCGGAUGGUUACCAAAGCAGCACCCUCUAACUCACAGCCUUUUGCCAUUGACGAUGGUGCAUCUGGUGGUUACGAUCUGACAGGACCUGCAGGUGCUAUGGACGGGGAGGACAGUUCUGGUUGUCUUUUAGGAUUCAUACGCAGAAAUGGUACAUGCCAAUCUCCUUGUGACAUCUACAUCAGUUACUGCUUUAACGGAGGGCAGUGUUAUGUGGUAGAUGGGAUUGGAGCAUUCUGCAGGUGUAACAUGCAGGACUACAUCUGGAACAAAGGUACCAGAUGUGAGUCAGUCAUUACAGAGUUUCAGGUGAUGUGCAUUGUGGUGGGCGGAGCUUCGCUUGUUUUGCUCCUUCUCUUUAUGGUAAUCGUGUUUUUCUCCAAACGGCUUCAUCUACUGAAGAUUGAAAACAGACGGCUGCGCAAACGCAGUAAGUACAGGCCCCAGUCAGAGCAGCACAAUGACAACUUCUCGCUGUCCACCAUCGCUGAAGGCUCUCAGGCAAAUGUAAGGAAACUGUGUGACUCGCCUAACCCUCCUCAUGUCCGCGCUUUGGCUUACUAUGAUAACAUUAUCUGUCAGGAUGACACUGCCAAGCUGGAGGAGCCGGUUAAGUCCCCCACUAAAGAGGACGAGUCUCUGAACAUCCAAAACUCGCUGACACCCAAACAUGAGAACAACAAGGCCAGCGGUGAAGAAAACGCAGAGGAGGGUGGGGUGACCAUCGAUCUGGAGCUGCUUCUGCCAAAGGAGGCAAAGACGCACCCUGAGACCAGCCCCCCGCUUCACUAUAAUGUUUUCCUCUACAAGCUCCCCAAGUCCCCCAAAAAGUCCCCCGUCCUCCGCCGGCCACCUGGACGCUCUGGACAGGCUAGGUCGCUCUCACAGCUGUGCCCCAGACGAGGCUCCGAGCCAGGCUACAGCCCCAUCAGCACCCGCUCUCUCCCCCCUAUGCCCUCCAGGACGCCUAACCUUCAUAUGGGCAAGGCCUGCACGCCAUAACAAUCUUUAACAGUGACCAUGAUCACACCGCUGGAGCCUCUGGGGAUGACAAAUUUGGCACCUUCCAAAACUACUCAUGCUCACCCUGUGACUUGGCCACAAUCCAUUCCGCCGUGACACAUCUAACCCUAGUGAGAUACAUGAAACAGGUUGUAGCUGUAUAACACAAUGGUAUUGUGAACACACAAUAAGCCUGAAACAUUUGGGAUUUUACCAACAGACCUUAUGAAACAUGAGUCACUAACAUCACACUGUGUAGUAGGAUAAAUAGCCCAUGACUGGAGUGACCAGAAAUGAACCAGCGACAUUACCUACAGUCAUGCUGAAAACACUCCUUAACAUAAAAGAGACUUACUGACUGCACAGACACAAGAAUAUCCACCAUGACUCUACUUUGGUGUACAGUACACACAUCAUACUGCUUUGUCAGACAGCACAUUACUGUGUGCGCACAGACAUCACAGACUAAAUAUUCAGGGUAGCACACACUUGGAGAUUACUAAUUAAUUAAUGCGGUGCUUCUUCAUGUUUUUAAUCUCAGAUUAAUACGUUUCAUGUAGAAUAAAGAAUGAUAGAGUUACUUUA